UUAUAUUUAAAUUGUUUUUAUUUGGUUUAUGAUUUUUUACAAUAUAAUAUACAAUUAUUUAAUAUAUAAUAUAAUAUACACAUUGAAAAAUAUGAACUUUACUUGUGUUAUUUGUAGUGAACUGUUCAUUACGGGAGCUGACAUUUAUUUUACACAAUGUGGACAUGUGUUUCAUUUUCCCUGUUUAAUGAACUGGAUAGAAAGAUCCAAAAGUUGCCCGCAAUGCAGAGGUAGAGUAACUGAAAAAACAAUUCACAAAGUUUUCUUUAACAUUGGUAAUACAGAUAUUACUGAGGAUUCUGCUACACUGUCAUUCAAAUUAGAAAAUGCUAAUUUUGCUUUGACCUUAAAAGAAAGGGAAAUAAAAAACUUACAGGAAGCCAAAAAGAAAAUUAAAGAACGUAACAAAUUAUUAAGUGAAGAAGUAAUUAAGUUAGAACAAAAUGAAAGAAAUAUGGAGUCUACUUUGCUUGCUUUUAAAUCACAAAUAUCUUUCUUUAAGACAAAAUCAAAAGAAACGGACAAACUAUCAGAUGAAAUUGUAAGAUUAAAAAACAAAAUAAAAAAUAUGGAACAUUUGGAAACUGUUAUAGAAGGAACCAGGGAACAAGUCUAUGAUAUCUUGAGGGAUGAACGAGAUGCUGAGGCAUUAGCAAUACUGGCAGCAUCACUUAAAAAAGCACUUCUUGAUUCCGAGAAAAAAGCAAGAGACUUUGAGUUUAAUCUAAAGAGAGCAAAAAACGAAAUAAAUAAACAGAAAAAAGAAAAAGCAAUUCAGGACGGCGAAAUGGCAACAUUAAGGCGAGAACUUCAGCAAUUGAAAUUGAAAUUUGACAGAGAAAAAGAUAUUUUGCGGCGGAGACUGAACGCUUUAAAAACUAACGCUAAUCAAAAUAACAUUAUCCUUGCUAAUCCUGAUGCAGAUUCAGAAACGUUAUUAUCACACGAUAACAAUUCAUCACAUCAUGAAAAUGAAAAAUCUUACAAUCAGGAAGAUACAUCACUUGCAAACGCAACAAUGUCUGUCGCAGAGCGUGUACAAGAGAUCGUCAAUACAUCUUCACCGUACCUACCUGUAAAAUCAAACUAUGGAAAUCUCUUAGAGACAGUAUUUCAAGGCCCUAGCGUUUCAUCAAACACAUAUUCAGCCCCCACUGUAGAUAAAGUAACAGAACGGGUAGAAACUGCAAAAUCAAACUAUGGGCAUCUUUUAGAAUCACUGUAUGAUGGUCCUAGUGCUUCAAAUAAACCCUCAAGUACCUGUACAAAUAAAGGAUAUUCAAUAUUUAAGACGAGCCAAAAGCAAUUGGUAGAUGGAAGUAAAAAGGCCAAACAUGAUGACGACAUCGACUAUGAUGGCUUGGGCGGAACAAGCAAGAGAGAUAUUUUUCCUUCUCCAAAAAAGCAACAAACUGGCAUGAAGAGAACGAAGUCGGGAUCUUCGAUUUCAUCUAAUAAAUUUAAAAAGUUGGCUCCGCUCGGUGGUGCAGCUAAACUUACACAGUUUUUCCCGAAUAAUCAGUGAUAUUUUUUGAUAUUUUUUAAAUUGAUUGAUUUUUUUCAACAUAUUUAUUUUUGUAAGCAUGUUACCGUUAAUAUUAAUAAAAUUUUACCUUUG